AGUGGCGACAGGUAGCACAUAUAAGCCAAAAGAAAGAAAGAAUAAGAGAGGUGGUUUUUGGUGUCCGUAAGUUAAUUGUUGUGGUUGAGUUACGUUAGCCAAAACGGGUCUCCCUCUGUGGAUGCUUGGUUUCGGUGCCGACCUCUUGUGGGCCGACAUGAACCGACUCCUCGCUUUUCUUUUCCACCAGGGUGUGUUGGAUGAGCAGUUUCUGCAGCUUCAACAGCUCCAAGAUGAGGCCUCCCCUAACUUCGUCUCAGAGGUCCUCAACAUCUACUUCCACGAGUCCGAGAAGCUACUCACCAAUCUCAGAGGAUUGCUCAUGGAAAGGGACUACAAGAAAAUGGGGGUCCAUUUGAACCAGUUCAUGGGUAGCAGCUCAAGCAUUGGUGCCAAGAGAGUCACUAACGUUUGCGUUGCCUUUCGUGCUGCUACUCUCCAGACCAACCGUGCUGGAUGCUUGCGUGCGUUGGAGAUGCUCGAGCAUGAAUAUUGCUAUCUCAAGAACAAAUUGCAUCAACUUUUCCAAAUAGAGCAGCAACGUGCAUUGGUAGCAGGAGUCAGAUACCCCGUGCAGAAUCAAAAUCAAUAAUGCAAAGAAAUUGCACGCCUUUCUAGUUCUAGUUCUAGUUCUAGUUCUAGUUCUACUUUUAGGCAUGCACAAACCAAUUGCUACCUAGAUUAUUUAUAUUUAUGUGUAGGCUAGGGAUGAUCACCUAUUUUGAAUUCUCCUGUAAAUACGUCCUAUCAUGCUCUUCUCUUCUUUGGGCCAUGCUUAAUUUGCUGUUACCCCUUUAACGUUAAUUUAAAUCAAU